GAGGUAGAGGAUCUUUCAGACGGCUGCGGUGCCAAGAUUUCCGUCAUUAUUGUUUCGGAGCAGUUUGAAGGCAAACCUCUUUUGCAGCGCCACAGAUUGGUGAAUUCUGUUCUUGAAGAAGAGCUCAAAUCGAUUCAUGCUUUCAGUCAGAAAACGUUGACUCCAGAACAAUGGGAGAAACUCAAGAGUCAGCCGACCGGAAGUUCAUAGUGAGAACACCUGGGAAACUCAUUCUUACUGGUGAACAUGCCGUUGUCUAUGGCAAAUUGGCCUUAGCUGCGAGCGUUGACCUCACUACUGAAAUGUAUUUGACAUUACACACUGGUCGUCACGGUUCAUCGUCUUUUGUUGUCUAUCUCGAAGAUUUGAAAUUCGAUUGCUCUUUACCUCUAGCCGACUUGCAGAUUUCCAAUGCUGCAAUAGCCCCAAAUCUGGAUCUAGAAUUGCUUGACAAAUUAAAAUCGCUAAUAGCCGCUAGAGUCCCUGCUGAUACUAACCAUACCGUUCAAAUGUCGUUGUUGGCCCUGUGUUUCUUGUAUUGUUCAAUUGUCGGCAACUCAGACGCAAGUUUCGAAAUACGGGUGAAAUCAACCAUACCCAUUGGAGCUGGUUUAGGCAGUUCGGCCGCGUUUUCCGUUGGCUCGUCAGCAGUUUUUCAUCUCCUUCAUCAUCUACUGACAAGCCAGGGUGUUUUCGUCCCUGAUUUGGAUGUAAUCAAUAAUUGGGCUUUCCAGUGUGAGAAAAUGUUUCAUGCUACGCCAUCAGGCAUCGACAAUGCAGUUUGCACUUAUGGAGGCGUCGUCAAAUACAAAAAGGCUGUCACAGGCUCCGUUUCUAUUCCGGAAGCGCGCAUCUUACUCGUGAACACAGGAGUGGGUCGCCAGACUAAGCUAUUGGUGGAAGCUGUCCGUCAAAAAAGAAAUGAUUUCACUGCCAUUAUGGAUCCGAUUCUAGAUUCAAUCGACCAGAUUAGCUGCAAGAUGGCCGAAAUCGUUCAACUGCCACCUGAAUCUAGUUUUUCUGCUAUUCAGGAAUUAUUGUCGACGAAUCAUUGGCUGUUGGCUUCGAUGGGCGUUUCGCAUCCAUCUUUAGAUGAAAUUCAUCGACUGGCGCGAGCUCAUGGUCAGGCUGGCAAACUUACUGGAGCCGGCGGAGGUGGUCUGGCUUAUGUUUGGCUGAAUCCUAAUUGUUCCGAUGACCAAGUGAAUGCCCUGCAGCAUCAGCUCACGUUGGGCAACUUUACUUGUUGGACUACUCGUUUAGGAGUCAAAGGGGUACAGAUUGAAGAGUUACGAAAUUGAUUAGAUUAAAGGAAAAUCAACCUUCA